ACAUUCAAGAAGCACAGUUUCCUUCCUCUGUGUCUCUUGAAUCUGAGAUAGGAUAGCUUCUUCCAAUACAUUCUAUUGGCUACCCAUUUCAGAUUUAGUGAUACCCAUUUUGAAGAUUUAUUGAUAUAGAUCAGGAGCAUAAUGGGUUUUGGUGCAGUGAUAUGGGUGGCCAUUGUAGCCAUUUAUUUGGGCAGUGUGAUGAUGGUGUCUGCAGCAGCAGGAUACGGAUAUGGUUAUGAUGCCAUGCAGGACUACAAAAUGUUGCCAACGAACCAAAAAGGGCAGCAGAGAGCUCUGUGCUAUGCCAAGAAUAGCAGGUGCCUGUUGAAGAUCUUGAGUUGCCCUAUUGAAUGCCCCCACAGGAAACCCAGAAAGGCCAGGAAAGUCAAGGCCUGCAUGAUUGAUUGCAGCAACAAAUGUGAGACUACAUGCAAAUUUAGGAAGCGCAACUGUAAGGGUUAUGGAGCUGUAUGCUAUGACCCACGCUUUGUAGGUGGUGAUGGUGUGAUGUUCUAUUUCCAUGGUGCUAAAGAUAAGGACUUUGCUCUCCUCUCUGACCACCACCUUCACAUCAAUGCCCACUUUAUUGGGACAAAACCUGAAGGACGUGAACGCCCCUACACUUGGGUCCAAGCACUAGCUCUCAAGUUCAAGUCCCAUACUUUCACAAUAACUGCCAAAAGGUCCUCCAAAAGGGAUGAAAACCUUGAACAUCUAAUAUUCACCUUUGAUGGAGAGGCCUUUACAAUUCCAGAAGAAGAUCUUGUUACAUGGACCCCUCCAGCACUUGGCCCAACCACCAUGACAAUUGAGCGUAUUGAGGAAACCAACAGUGUCAACAUCAUUGUGCCAGGGAUUGUUGAAGUAUUUGUGAGUGUGGCACCUAUCUUAGAAAAAGAAAACCUCAUGCACAACUACCAACUACCCAGUGAUGAUGUGUUUGCUCACCUCGAAAUGCAAUUCAAGUUCUUUAAUCUCUCCUCUGAAGUGGAAGGUGUGCUUGGUCAAACUUAUAGACCUGGAUUUAACAACCCUGUGAAGAGGGGUGUCCCUAUGCCUAUCAUGGGUGGUGAAGACAAAUAUGCUACAUCUUCCUUAUUAUCCACUGAUUGCAAAUACUGCAAAUAUUCUUCAAUGUCUUCAUAUGAGGGCUUGAUUGUAAAUGGGAUGGAUACAUUUAAGGUAGAGUGUUCUAGCAAAAGUGGAAAUGGGGGCAUGGUGUGUCGAAGGUAA